AUGCUAUCCACUCAAGGAAUAGAUUCUGGAGGCGAAAAUCUCGUAAUAUUCUCCUUUGUUGAGACUCCAGGUCUCCUCGAUACGUACGGUUUGAACCCGAGAGAAGUAUGCGACAGGAGAGGAGAAAAUCCGCUGAGCUGGAGCUUUGCACUAUCCACCAACACUGGAGACCUCCUAGACAGGUAUAACGAAUGUAUCGAAGGGAACGGCGAAUCUUGGGGCGAUUUUCCGGAUAUCAAGGUGCAGAGUCCUGAUAGGCCUGGUACUUAUUUCGCUGUCAGCGUCGCUGCUGUAGGCUGGCAUAGUGUAGCACUCAUCCUGGUGGACAACGACGAGCAUUCUGAAUACAUUGAAAACCCUCUAAUUACGAAUCGCUUCGAGCUUGGGAGCUUCCCACAGGCGUACUUCGACGAGCGUGGUGAGAUCGAUACCGAUCAAUAUGACUUUAGUACGUGGAAAUACGAUUUUCCUGAAGACAGUUUUAGGGGCACAAGCUGGUUUGGAUGA